AUGUAGAGCUGUGGGGGUGCGUUAUUCCAAAGGUGCUAAUGCGCUGAUGCUCUGUAUGUUGGCACUCAUGGGUAAAGCCGAGGGCUCUGUGGCUGGGGAAGUAUGGCACGGACAUGUCACUGCUCUCUCUGUUGCACCAGAAUUUUGACGUCUGCAUUUGUCUGCUAAACUGAUGGAACUACUGGGAGAAAUGUCAGAAAAGUGA